CGGCCCCCAGGCAUGGAGUCGCGGGUAGGGCUGCGCGGGGAGGGGGGGACCUGAGGACUGGCGAGUGCCACCCGCGGCGGGGAGCGGUGGAAGAAGGACCACGCCGAGCCCCUGGCAGGUGCCUGCGCCGUUAAGUGCCCUUAGGCAGGAGCUCGAAGACUUACGGACUCCGUGUUUGUUGGUGCUGCUGCGAUCUUCAAAGAUGAUGUUGGCAGAGCAAGCCCAGAAGUGGUUCCCAACUCACGUGCAAGUGACGGUCCUGCAAGCCAAAGGCCUGAAGCCGAAAGGUAAAAAUGGCAGCAACGAUGCCUACACCAUCAUACAGCUGGGCAAGGAGAAGUACUCCACCUCGGUGGCUGAGAAGACCCUGGAUCCCGUCUGGAAAGAAGAGGCCUCCUUCGAGCUCCCUGGAUUACUCAUGCAGGAGAAUCCAGAAAAAUACAUCCUGUACCUGAUUGUCAUGCACAGGUCGCUGGUGGGGCUGGACAAGUUCUUGGGACAGGUGGCGAUAAGUCUGAAUGAUAUAUUUGAAGACAAGCAAAGACGGAAAACAGAGUGGUUUCACCUAGAGUCCAGACAAGGGAAGAGAACUAAAGACAGAGGAGAAAUAAAGGUCAAUAUUCAGUUUAUGAGGAAUAACAUGACAGCAAGUAUGUUUGAUUUGUCAAUGAAGGACAAAACCAAAUCCCCUUUUGCUAAACUAAAAGACAAAAUGAAGGGUCGAAAAAAUGAUGGGACAUUUUCGGAUACAUCCUCUGCAAUCAUCCCAAGUACUCACAUACCUAAUGCAAACAUAGAGGUAUGUAGUGGUGAAGUACAGAUGAAAUCAAAACCAAAAAAACCUUUCCUUUUGGGACCUCAGCGGCUAUCCUCAGCUCAUUCGAUGUCAGAUUUAACAGGCUCACAUGUCUACUCAGAAAAAAUGAAAUCCAGCACAGUUGGCUACUCCCAUCUUUUCAGGCGUCAGCUAGACUCUUUUGGUUCCGUUGAUGAAGGUGGGAGUCUAAAAUCUCCACAUAGAAGGACAUUAAGUGUUGAUACUUCUAAAAUGAACCAGCUUGACAGCACAGUUGAUGAAACUGCACUUGAAGCACAAAAUGACCCAUUUACGAAUGUGAGUGCUUCGUUACCCCAAAAAUUUGCUACACUGCCAAGACAGAAGAAUCCAUUUGAAGAAAGCCCAGCAACAUGGGAUCAAAACAUAAGUCUGUUUUCCAAACCUGUUGAAAUCAGAAAAGAAAUUAAAAAAGAGAAAAAAGAGAAAGUUAGUCUUUUUGAAAGAGUGACUGGAAAAAAAGAUAGCAAGAGGUCAGAUAAACUUAGCAAUGGGGGAUCAGACAGUUCUACUGACUUGAAAUCACCUAGUGCGUUUGGUGAAACUCAUCAGGAGAGUUUUGAUUAUGAUUCGACUAAUCCGUUUAUGACAAACUUCAAGCCUACAAGCAUGUUGCCAUCUUCAAGUUUUAAUAUGAAUCCUUCUGGCAUUGAGGACCUCAAGAAAACAAUGGAUGGAAAUCCUUUCGACGCCACUGCAGGAUACCGUAACCUUACUUAUGAAGAGGUUUUGCAGGAGCUGGUGAAACAUAAAGAGCAACUUAAGAAGAAAGACACCCAUAUUCGUGAACUUGAGGAUUACAUUGAUAAUCUUCUUGUACGAGUAAUGGAAGAAACACCUAGUAUUCUCAGAGUGCCAUAUGAACCUUCUCGAAAAGCUGGCAAAUUUUCCAAAAGCUAAAAAAGCGAUACUUGAUGGUACUUUCUGCUGAAUACGUUUGUGGAAGGAAAUCACACUUUAACAUUUUGACUUACCUUCAUUCCUUUUCUCCUAAGAAAUUCCAGGAAUCGGGAGAGGACGGGACUAUGGCGUGGAUUCUUUUUCAUUUGUUUUUUACUCCAAACACUAGCAGGGACUGCCAAAAGUAAUAUUCUGUUAGAUUACCUAAAUAACCUUUUUUUUUUUUCUCUUUGAAAACACCUUUAGGUACAGAAUACUUACGGUAGAGUUAAUAAUGCACAUUAAAUACAUCCAUGCAGUUUAUAUAAUAGCUUAGUGUUCACCAUGUGGCAGUUUCAGCUGGGAAGGCUGUGCUGUACAAAUGUUUUCUUGAACAAUUAUUGGUAUUAUGCAAAUACAUCGAUUCUGAUACUCCAGCAUGCCAUCAAGACCACUGUUUUCAAGCCAGUGUAGUAUGCUUUACUAAACCUAAGUGUGGUUUGUUGCAAUGGAAUGUGGUUUGUUCUACACAUAUUAGAGGAAAACAGUGAUGCACAGUCUUUGCAGAGUAAGUGCUAUAUUCUAUACAAUGUGCUUUUUGUAUAACAAUGUAAAAAAUACCAUGCCAUUUCAGUAAUGGCACAUGCUGGCAUCAGUUAUUUUACACUUAAAUGCUGAAUUUUGUGUAUAAUGAUUGAACUUUGGUAGUGAGCUCAUGACAUAAGGUUGUUUUGAGGAUCUUUUUGUAUGAAGUUAUUGCAUGCCUUUUUAUAUGUUAAAGUACUUUGAACAGUGUUAAUAGAGUCAGAGGUAGGACUGGAGAAAAGUAUGGAAUAAAGGUAUGAAUACUUUGUUCAGUCAAAGUCUACUACAGUGAAAAUGUAGGAGAAAUGAACAGACUGACUUAAAUAGACAUGAUAAUUCAAAAAAUACAGAACUGACUCAAUUUAAGGUUGAGUUUUACAUGAUACAUAUCUGUCUUAGGUUUUUAAAAAUCUUAUGACAACGAAGUAUAUGCCUUUAGAAAUAGGCUAUGUUGCUUAAACACAUAUAGAGUACUUAGAAAGGCUUUUCAUUAAAAAAAUCUGUAUUCCUUGUAAGUACUUCUAAAAGUCAGUUUUCAUUGAGGCAAAUGAAAGAAGAAUGUAGUAAAUGACUUCCUGAUCAUUUAAGAAUUGUUUGUAAAAUGACAUAUGAAAAAGGUAUCUGUUAUUCAAUAAAUUGGCAAAAUAUAGUGAUGAACGUAUAAUGGGAAAAUACUGUAGGAGAAGAAUCCUCACAAUAUUAACAUAAAUAGAUUUUAAUUUUAUUUUCCUUCAUAAGAGUCUCAGUUGGAUUGUUGCUGUGAAACAGUAAGAUGAGAUUAAAAAAAAGUACAGAGAAUAAUUUAGAUUUGGAUUUAAGAAAACUAAUUGUCUUUUCCUCCUCCUCUUCUUUUUCUACACCUGAUCUGUUUUUUUCUUCUUACAGCACCAUGUAAUGGCUGUUGCUGAGGAGGGGAAAAAAGCUUGAAAUUAAAUUGCAAUUUUUUGUGGUUGUUGUAAAACUUUUAAAUAUGUUUUCAUUUUUAAAACUGCAAAAAUUAGUAGUAUCUUGAAUAAUUAUGAUCUGGAAAAGUUGAAAAAGUUCUACUGUCUGAAUGCUUUUGACGAUGUUAGUGUUGUUUGACAGCACAGAAUUAUUUUUGUUAGAAAAAAAUACUUCUUUGUACAAUUGUUCUCAGAUUUCAUGUACUUAGUUUUGGCUUUUUCUUUUUUUCUUCUCUUUAUUUUCUUCAGUUUUUAGCAACUACCUCCCAUCCCCCUAGUGCUGUGUCCCUAAAAUGUAUGCAGUUUGAGUGUUCCCAACCCACCGUUGGGAUCCCUUAGCAUAGCUCAUUGUGCCUGGAUGGAGCCUGAGUGAUUCAAGCCCUACCUAUUUGUAGUGCUCUGCAGUUAGACAUUUGUAGCACAGAAAUGGGCCCGCUUCAUCAGGUAGUCUCUCUUUUGACUACCUAAGGAUUUAUCAAGUUCGGUACCUCAUAAACCGAUGAAUGUUCUUUUGACCCACUUAAGAUCUAAAUGACUGUAAAUUUGUUGUAAUAUAUUCGAAGUGCCAAAGGUUAUGUACUAAGUUAUGGUACGUUUACUGUUGGAAGUUAGGUUUUGCACUCAAUUAGAUUUUGAUUUCCUAAUUACACCAAGAUGUAUUUCGGUUACACAGUAUUUCCAUAAAAGUUCUUAAACAUUUUCAAAUGUUUGGCCGAAGCAAGUGGUUUUCUCAUAUUGUUAAUGGGGAAGUGUGCAGUUGUUUUGAAUUCCACAGUCAUUUUCAAACUAACUGGUAUGAGACCAUCUGUAGUAUCUACAGUGAUUAAAUCAUACGCACCAAUGGGGUUUAACAAGUAAACUAACCAGAGAAUAUGCUCCAAUGACUUUUCACUUGCAAGCCAACUUAUAAUUAUUAAAAUGAAACUCUACUAUAUUUAGCACCUCUGAAAUCACUUCUUUUAGAAUGUAAAUGUAGAAUAUCAAACUGCAUAAUUGACUAAAAGCAGAUCAUUUGACAUAUUUGCAUACCAAGAAUGAUAAGCAGAUUAAAGGUAGCGAAAAGAUCAAUUUUUGUGCAUUAGUGAAGAAAUUUAGUGAAGCUUUGAAUGUGCUAUCUAGUCUUUAUCUGAUCUGUAAGUGAAUAAAAGCACCUUUUGUUUCUAACGGUUUGUCAAGAAAGAGGGGAGAAUGACAAAUGCAAUUUAGGAAAAGGUAAAGUUACUAAGAGAGGCAGAAUGGGACAUUUACAACUAUGAAAAUAUUUUUAUAGAGUUCUUUAGCUAAAGAUAGAGGCUGCUUUUGGAGCAAUUCUGUAAAGAUUACAUGCAUGUCAUUUUCUGCUUAGAAAGAAAAUUUUAAUGUUUUUCUGUAUUUUGAGAUUAUUUUUGAAAAGCAUCUUCACCCCACGUGUAUUUUUUGAACCAUGCAGCUUUUCAAAUGAAAACAUUUCAUACAGAGUAGUUUAUAUGUUGAAAACAAAGUUCUGUUUCUCCCAUAGGAUAAAAUUGUAAACUUUCUUGCAGAUAAUUUUAAAACUGUAAUAACUUGCCUCUUAUGGUCAGUCUUUCUUGCCCUUUAAAAUGUAGGGAUGAAAAUUUUGGACAUCUCCACAUUAUUUUGUUUUUUUCUCUCAAAAAUUAGCAUAAGAGUUUAUCCAUGCACACACUAUACUUUGAAAUUAUCCUUUGAAACAGCUCUGCUCAUAGCCAUGUACCUUACGUACUUUAAAGAACAAAUAUCAAGGCCAUACUUUAACGUUGUAAGUAACAAAUUUAAACUUUCUGCCAUUCGAGAAGGAUGUUUAAUAUUUAUAUAUGUUACCUCUUGCUGCUGUAUUUUACGUUUAGCUGAGUUUUCCACCUACUAAUGAAUGUAGCAUUCUCCCUAGAUUAUACAUAACUACAUUUAUUGCUGUUGGCUCUGCACCAAGAACUAUUUGUAAUUUUCCAGCUGUGAAAAUGUUGCCUUGCAUUUAGAAAGGUUUCAUGAUUUGGGGACCUAAUGAAACUCAUGCUCAUUGGGUACUAGUCUGCAUUUCUUUCUGUACAGGAUGCUCUUUCUUAGAUGCAUAUAAAACAAACAGAACUGCUGUCUUAAUAUGUUUACUGCUGCACUGGAGGUUUAUUUACUUCCAGCUUUAAAGAAAAAUUGUUGUCCUACAUCAAGUACGUAAACUAAGCUCAUGGUUUUUUCGCUCUUUAUGUAUCCAUUACUGUUGUAGAUAUGAUAGAGGCGUUAGCUGUGGGCUUUUAAAAUGGUGGUACUUAAAGCAUGUUGACUAACUUCCUCUCUUUGAAGUACAUGGUGAAGGAUUAUAGCGCUGCUGUGUUGAUGAUGCUAGAUUUAAGGGUCUGUCAGCACUUUCGGUAUGAAACCCUAUUUUCAGGGAUUUAUAACUUCUAAAUGUAGAUACAGUCACUGGAAGUAUUUAAUAUGCAAUAGGUAGCACUUUAAUCUGUUUAUGAAGCGGUUUGAGAUUUGUUUCUGUUGAAGAAGUCAUGGUCUCUUAAAGCAUGGUGGGCAUUUGCUUUAUCUUUCAUAAUUUGUACAUUGAAGAAGCCACUGUAUGUUACAAAUAGUAGAGCCAUUCCUAUUCAUCUUAGAAGCUUCCAGAUGUCUUGUAUUACAAUGUACUAUAAAAAGCUGAAGAUCCAGGUUAUAUAGGAAGUCUGUAAAAGAUAUGAACAUACUUAUAACUUAAGGGUUGAUUUCGUCUCGUGCAAUCAAUGGUAGUUUGUCUACAUUUAAUAAUGGUACAGAAUCACAACUAUAUGCACAUGUGAGAACUAUAAACUUAGGAUGCAUGAAAAACUUUAUUUUUGUUUCAUUAUUGCAACUUCAACUCCUUUAAUUUGAUUAAAAUGUUAACUUAAUAUUUUAAUUUCUGUUCAUUAAAUAAAUAUUGCAUGUCUAACACUAAUAAAGCACCACAAUGCACUACCGCA